UGCCCAACAUGCGGCAAAACCGUCUCUGACCCGCUCAUCAUCCCCUUUUCCCCCUUCUCCUCCUCCUCCGCCUCAUCUCCUGACGUGCCUCUUGGAUCUAGUCCGCUGGUUAUACCAAUGGGCCCAUUGGCAGCUGCGGCGUUUGAGAGUGGGAUGAGCGCCGUUGAGGAGCUGAAGCUCUUGAAGGCCCAGGUGCAGGAUGUAGCGAGGGUUUGUAAUGCUGUUGCGAGAGGGGAUCUGAGUCAGAAGAUUACGGUUCCUGUGCAGGGGGUUGUUAUGGUCCAGUUGAAGGAUGUUAUUAAUACUAUGGUUGAUAAAUUGGGACAGUUUGCUAAAGAGGUUACCCGUGUUUCGCAGGAGGUUGGGACGGAGGGUAAACUAGGCGGUCAAGCGCUCGUUCUAGACGUCGAAGGCACAUGGCGCGAAUUGACGGGUGUCGUGAACAAGUUGGCGGCAAAUUUAACUUCUCAGGUCCGAUCAAUCGCAAAAGUAACGAAAGCAGUCGCACUUGGCGAUUUGUCCAAGCAGAUCGAGGUUGAUGCCAGGGGUGAGAUUUUGGAUUUGAAGAAUACGGUUAAUGGUAUGGUCGUUAGACUACGGGCACUGGCAGCAGAAGUCACACGGGUAACCCUCGAAGUCGGAAGUCAAGGCAAAUUGGGAGGUCAGGCGCAUGUACCGGAUGUUGAGGGAGUUUGGUUCGAGUUAGUUCGGAAUGUAAAUAGAAUGUGCUCAUCGUUAACAGAUCAAGUGCGCUCCAUAGCCAAGGUCACCACCGCUGUGGCUCGUGGUGAUCUAACUCAGAAGAUAGAGAUUUCGGUCGAGGGUGAAAUGUCGACUUUGAAAGGCACCGUCAACUCUAUGGUAGACCAGUUAUCAGCAUUCGCGUCAGAAGUAACCCGAGUGGCGCUGGAAGUCGGAACUCAAGGCAUUUUGGGUGGUCAAGCCAAGGUUGAAGGUGUCCAAGGGACGUGGGCCGAUUUGACGAGAAAUGUCAAUAAAAUGGCGUCCAAUCUAACAGAUCAAGUUCGAUCCAUCUCAGAGGUGACGAAAGCCGUCGCCUUAGGUGAUCUGCGCAAGCUAGUGAACGUAGACGUGCAAGGCGAGAUGUUGGACUUGAAGAUGACCGUCAACUCCAUGGUGGCCCAACUUAGCACCCUGGCCAACGAGGUUACACGAGUGAGUCUGGAUGUCGGCACGGAGGGCAUUUUAGGUGGACAGGCGUUCGUUCCUGACGUUCAGGGUAUGUGGAGGGUACUGACGGAUAAUGUCAACCUGAUGGCUAUGAAUCUCACGAACCAAGUGCGCUCGAUAGCCGAGGUGACGAAAGCUGUGGCUGGCGGAGAUUUGACGAAGAAGAUUGAGGUGGACGUGCGUGGUGAGAUCUUGGAUUUGAAGGAGACCGUUAACGGUAUGACGGAGAGUUUGAGUCUGUUCGCGGAUGAGGUCACGAGGGUCGCGAGGGAAGUGGGUACAGAGGGACGGCUGGGUGGUCAGGCGAGGGUGACGAAUGUUGGCGGGACGUGGAAGGAUUUGACGGAUAAUGUGAAUGUUAUGGCUAAUAAUUUGACGCUGCAAGUGCGGACGAUCGCUGUGGCUACGACGGCCGUGGCUAAAGGGGACUUGACACAGAAGAUCACAGGAGUGUCCGUCUCCGGAGAGAUGUUGAACCUGGUCAACACCAUAAACAGCAUGAUUGACCAAUUGGCCAUCUUUGCGGCCGAGGUCAAAAAGGUCGCUCGUGAAGUCGGUACAGAAGGCAAACUGGGCGUACAAGCUGAGGUUGGCAACGUCCAAGGUAUCUGGCAAGAGAUUACGUUGUCCGUGAACACUAUGGCUGGAAACUUGACGACUCAAGUACGAGGCUUUGCGCAGAUCUCGGCUGCUGCUAUGGACGGGGACUUUACCCGAUUCAUCACCGUCGAGGCAAGUGGGGAGAUGGACUCGUUGAAGACCCAGAUCAACCAGAUGGUCUUCAACUUGCGUGACAGCAUUCAGAAGAACACGGCUGCUAGGGAGGCUGCUGAGCUGGCCAAUAGGAGUAAGAGCGAGUUCUUGGCUAACAUGUCACAUGAGAUCAGAACGCCGAUGAAUGGUAUCAUUGGGAUGACGGAGCUUACGCUGGACAGUGAUUUGAAUCGAUCACAGCGGGAGAGUUUACUCCUCGUACACAGCUUGGCAAGAUCUCUGCUGUUGAUCAUCGACGACAUCUUGGAUAUCUCGAAGAUUGAAGCAGGUCGUAUGACAAUGGAAGCCGUUUCCUACUCCUUACGCCAAACUGUCUUCGGUAUCCUCAAGACUUUGGUGGUGCGGGCAUCGCAGAACAACCUUGACCUCACCUACGAUGUGGAGCCGGAUAUCCCUGAUCAGCUUAUUGGCGACUCCCUCCGCUUACGACAAGUCAUCACCAACUUGGUCGGCAACGCGAUCAAGUUCACGCCAUCCAAGGCUACUCGCAAGGGUCAUGUCGCUCUCAGCUGUCGCCUUCUGGGACUGGAUGAACAGAAUGUGACUCUAGAGUUCUGCGUUACUGAUACUGGCAUCGGUAUCGCGAAAGACAAGCUCAACCUGAUCUUCGAUACGUUCUGUCAGGCAGAUGGGUCCACUACCCGAGAAUAUGGUGGCACUGGUUUGGGGCUGUCGAUAUCCAAACGUCUCGUCUCCCUCAUGCAGGGUAACAUGUGGGUGGAGAGUGAGGUUUCGAAAGGAAGCAGGUUCUUCUUCACGAUUACCUCGCAAAUCAGUUACUCUACGAUGGAUGUGACCCUUUCCAAGAUGGCGGCAUUUGCGAAGAGGACGAUACUGUUUGCAGACACUCUUCACGACACCACUGGGGUAGUUGAUCGCAUCAAGGAGCUCGCCCUGAAGCCUCAUGUCGUCCACGAAGUCAAGGAGGUUGCAGAUAAGGACAGGUGCCCUCAUAUUGAUACCAUUGUCGUGGAUUCUCUGGCUGUUACGGAAUGUAUUCGCGAGUACGAACACCUGCGAUACAUCCCAGUUGUUCUUUUAGCGCCCUCAAUGCCCCGGCUCAACCUGAAAUGGUGCUUGGACAACAGUAUUACCGCGCAAGUCACUACUCCAGUAACCGCGCAGGAUCUGUGCUCUGCCCUCAUAUCCGCCCUGGAGUCCAACACCGUCAGCCCAGUCUCGGCGCCCAACGACGUCACGUUUGAUAUCCUGCUCGCUGAAGACAACUUGGUCAAUCAGAAGCUGGCCGUCAAGAUACUUGAGAAGUAUGGCCAUACCGUUGAGAUUGCCGAAAACGGCAGUUUGGCGGUUGAUGCUUUCAAGGGGAGGGUAGCCCAGGCCAAGCCGUUCGACAUCAUCCUGAUGGAUGUGUCUAUGCCGUUCAUGGGCGGAAUGGAGGCUACGGAGCUGAUACGAUCAUAUGAGAUGCACAAGGGCCUCGCACCGACGCCUAUUAUCGCCCUCACGGCUCAUGCCAUGAUCGGUGAUCGAGAAAGAUGUUUGCAAGCGGGGAUGGACGACCAUAUCACCAAACCCUUACGGCGUGCAGACCUUCUCAACGCCAUCAACAAGCUUGCAGGCGAACGUGGAACCCAGAAGCACCACCAUCUCUUGCGUUGGCCUGCCUCAAUUGCACAGGCGUACCCAUAGAAGCGUCAGCUAAACCCUGGACUAGUCUUUGAUACCCCAUCUUCUACCGGACUAAAUGCAUUUUGAUGAUAUUGCUACGACCGCCGUUUUGAUGCCCCCUACUCCUGUUUUAUAUAAUUUUUGUACCACCACCCAUCACGGUUCACCACAUGAUAUCCUCGAUCUUCCCCCGAGAUUCCCCUCGAUUUCAUGAUAUCCCCUCCUUUCGUUCGAUUUGCAACACCAAACCAUGUAAUAAAUGAAAUACAAGUGCAAUCUGUUACAAGUC